AUGAGUCAAUCUCCACCCAAGUUACCUCUGACCGACACAAACUCUUCAUCCUCCACGACGAUCCCUCUGCACCCCAAGCCUCGAUCAGCGGUACCGCCUCAUCUGCUCAACGGUGGUUCUCCUCUGCGCCGACCCACUCCCUCACGGGCAAAAGAAAGAGAAAACUUGACAUCCUCCAUCAAAAGCACCUAUGGCCGUAGAAAGACUAUAGACCUGGGAGACCCUCAAUAUUAUUCACCACGCAGGAUGUCGGGAAUUUCGUGGACGGGCCUGGCUGAUGGCGACCACGCCGUCGACCACAACAAACCGGUCAGCUUACGGGAACCAGCGAGAGACGACAGGGAUGAGCCACCGGUCACUCCUCCUGCAACGGCUUCUCGUCCCGCCAGUCCAUACACCAUGAACCCCCCUAUUGAUUUUGAUGGUCUGAGUUGGCCUUGCAUUGGUACCCGGGAACGAUUGGAGCAAACCCCGGAAGAGGCGCAGGCUCGGCUGGACAAGCUCGCUGGAGCGGUCAAGACCAUCUUUGAAUGUAUCGGCGAAGAUCCGAACCGAGAAGGCCUGCGCGAAACACCCGAACGCUAUGCCAAAGCAUUGAUGUAUUUCACAAAGGGCUAUGAAGAGAAUGUACGAGAUUUGGUCAACGGCGCGGUCUUCCACGAAGAUCAUGAUGAGUUGGUCAUUGUCAAGGACAUUGAAGUGUUCAGCCUGUGUGAGCAUCACAUGGUUCCCUUUAUUGGAAAGAUGCACAUUGGAUACAUCCCGAAUCGAAGAGUUCUAGGUCUCAGCAAAUUGGCGAGACUGGCGGAGAUGUUUUCUCGACGACUCCAAGUGCAAGAACGGCUGACGAAACAAGUGGCGCUGGCCAUUGCCGAAGUUCUCCAACCACAAGGAGUGGCAGUGGUGAUGGAGUCAAGCCAUCUGUGCAUGGUGAUGAGGGGAGUACAAAAGACUGCAAGCAGUACGACGACCAGUUGCAUGCUUGGAGCCAUGAGAAGUAGUGCAAAGACGAGAGAGGAAUUCCUCAGUCUUUUGAAUCGCAAAUAA